GGCGUAUUGCGACCAACAAAUAUAGAGAGUUAUACGGAAGCCACGGGCGCGCUGUGGUUUAUUCUUUCUGUAUAAAAAAAUCAACCAAUUCAAUCGGAUCGACAGUUGUUAAUUUCAGUCACGGAGUUUAAGCAAAUAGAUGAUGAAGAUGUACUCAGGUUUGCAGUGUUUAAUUGGUUUAAGUCUGGCGUUAAUUGUGAAGUCUCAGACCUCCGACCUAAACACCAUAGAUCCACAAGCCCUAUGUAGUCCCUGUAAAAAUCGAGGAUCGUGUGACGUGGCCGUUGUGGGUGAGUGCACGCAGUACUAUAGCUGUCGGAUGGUGGACAAUAACUGGUACUUUGUGAAAAUGAAUUGUGCUCACGGAACUCAUUUCUCGGAAGAAUCAGGGGGAUGUUUAAAACCAGAGGACGCUAAUUGCCCAUAUGAUCCCUGUGCUAAUAAGACCAGCGGUUUCUACAAGCUGGAGGGUUUCUGCCGUUCAUACUGGGAGUGUAAAAGCAGGAAUUUCGGGGGCAUUUCUGAGGCCCAUUGUUGUCCCCUCAAUCAAACCUUCAGUCAGGAAGGGAAAUGCGUAGAUGACCCAACUUGUGACAGUUUUGAAGAAUGCACCACUCUCCCAGGCGAGGGCCUUCUUAAUGAAGUGGUCUGCCCUGAGGGAAAGUAUGGAGCAGGUUGUAGAUAUACCUGUUCAGAGCACUGUAUUGGAACUUGUGAUUCUUUCAAUGGAGAAUGCUCAUUGUGUGCCAAAGGAUGGAUGGGCUCGAAAUGCAUGGAAGAGUGCCGUUACAAGAGUGUUGUAGAUAAUAUUUACCUCUAUAUGGAAGAUGUCGGUAACGGAAAUGAGAUCAAGAGAGCUUGUGGAUUAGGAACAAUGUUUAACCAAGACAAGUGUAUCUGUGAUAAAGAUCCAAACUACGUCAUCAACAAAGAAUGCAAACCAGAUGUGGAAAUCGCUUUUGAAUCCGGAAAUACGAUCAAGAAUACCAUCGACUGGAAGUGGAUCGGGGGUCAGUUCCGGUCCAUUCCGGAAACCGUACCUCUGGGAGGCAACGUUUACAAAGUGGGCAGAUUUGAUGGCACAAAAGCCAACCUGUACAUUCCCUUCUACAACAGAAACACAGAAAUGAGGAAACAGUUUGCCACCGAAAUCCUCUUUAACCCGGAUAAUGGCAAGGGCGAAAAAGAACAAAUUCUGCUCUCUAAUUGUCAAAAUGCUAAUAAGCGGGCCCUUGCACCAUUUGAAAUUAAACUUUUAAAAGACACUCAGGAUAUUCAGAUUAAUCUAGAAGGUGUUCCAACCGACGCCAAUAAUGCAGUGCCCGCUUCUUACUCCAUCACAAUGAAAUACAAGCCUGAUGACUGGAAUAAACUUGAGGUUGUGUUUAACGGAGCGAAGAGUGCCCUGACGGCCCGGAAUAUGGAUUUGUCAGGCGGCGUCAUCAGUGAAGGAAGCACAGCUGUCCAAAAUUUCCUUGAAAACGGCCUUGACCUGAGGAUAGGAUGGUGCCCAGAAAAAGGAUAUUUCGUAGGAAAGAUGGCAAUGGUUAGGACGUAUCUUUGUGAGCCUCAGUUUGAACUCGAUGCACAGCCUGCAGCAGACGUAACUGGUAUUAUUGACAAUGCACCGGCUGAUGUUGCUGCGGCCGAUGUUGCAGCAGCAGAUGUUGCGGUGACUGAUCCUGCACCAGCCGUUUAAUCCAAAAAUCCUGGGAUAUAGAUCUAGAAACAAUUCUUCGCACUUUUUCAUACAACAUCUCACCAAGUCCUUUGCAUGAUAAAAUAUUUCAUUUUAUCCAAUUUGUACAUAUUUUGUUUUGCAUAAUUUCAUUUCGUUUGUUCAUAAAUAUGUAUGUUUUAUUUAUUUACAAGAUGUUCAGAAUAUGUACGUGUCAGUUAACUGAGCAUCCCCCCCCCCCAGGCAUUAAUUAAUGUUACUGGUAGUAAACAUCCUGGCGAAAUCCUCAUUUUCCCCCAUUGUUACGUUUAUUUUUUUAUAGAAAAAAAAACACUGAUUAAUAAAAAAGAUUAAUUGUA